UCCAAUGUUUGACCGUUAACUUGGACGGUCAAACUCGUUGACUAACGGUCAACGUCAUUGCCAAAUCAGCAACUUUCAAUUAAUUUUUUUUUAUAAUUUCCACCUAUUAUAAUUUUCCUUUUAUCAUUUUUAAGAAAAAAAUGAAUCCCCUGCCCUAACCUCAUUCAUCCCACCUUCGCCGUCGUCCUCCUUCGAUCACCAACAGCAGAGACCUAGAAUCCACCGGAAAUGGCCGCCAUGCCGCCGCGAGAUCAGCAACCCCACCGCGGGAAGCUCUGGUUCGGGGACAACAUCGAGGAUGAGUGGUUCGCCAUCUUCCUCCUCUUCGAAAUUUCUCGCAACUUCCCUUAUCUCUUCAUUCCCGCCUGGGACAACGACGAUGAGUUCCUCCUCCUCGAGGCCGCCUUCCACCUCCCUUGUUGGAUAGACUCGGAGACCAACAAAUCGCGUGUUUAUCCGUUGUGUCGAUAUCCGAAUCGUCCCCAAGAAACGCCUCCCCAACCCUAGCUUACUUGAGUCAUUGAAGUUCCUCGUGAAUUUCAAAAUCGAUUAUCGAGCGGCGGAGCCAAUUCAGAAGGCAGUGAAGGACCACAUUUGGGACUAUCCAGAGAGAGCGAGGCGAAACACGCAUUGUGUUAGGGUUAGAGUUCCGGUCUCGGUGGCAGGUGCUGAUGCACGAGCCGUCGCCAUCCAUAAUCACGCUCAAUCUCUUCGACGAGAGCAGCCUGGAACUGAAACUCACCGCCGCGGCAGCAACCUCCCGAGCCUCUGCCUCCACCUCCCUCAACUACUAAAGUGUCUACACUCUGGAUAAAGUCAAAUAUGCCUUAGAGAGGGUGGGGAAGGAUCCCGUCCACGCAGCAACGGCGGCAAGGAAACGGUUCUCGGAGGGAAAGUUGUCCAUGUCCCCGUCAUACUCCUCGUCGUCGUCUUCCGUCAGGGAGCUGGCUUCGUGGGAGGAAGAAACAGAGGAAAGGGCAUAAUGAAAAAAGGAUGUUAAUAGGAAAAUAUUUUUUUUUUCAAAAUGAAAAAGGAAAAUUAUAAUAGGUGGAAAUUAUAAAAAAAAUUAAUUGAAAGUUUCUAACUUGGAAGUGAUGUGGCCUGUUGACUGUUAGUCAACGCGUUUGAUCGUCCAAGUUAACGGUCAAACAUCGAGUUUGGCCAAUUUCGUUAGACCAGUCGGUCUCACUGUCAGGCAGGCUUAUACCAUUACGCUCACGAGCAGAAUCUUAGCUUGAGCCUACCUUCGCACACCUCCGUUACUCUUUAGGAGGCAUCCGCCCCAGAUAAACUACCCACCUCGCAGUGUCCCGCCCCCCUUCCGAAUUUAAUUUUUAUGUGUAGUUUGGGCCAAGAUGUUAUAGAUCGAAAAGAUUGGUCAGGAUGUUUAUUAUGGUCAAAGUUCAGGCCAUACAAAUAUAUUAACCCUAAAAAUUAUAGGGGGUUGGCCCUCAUCUCGAUGAGUUGGAGUCCCAUCUGGUUUCUAAAAUCAGAUUUCUACUGCCACUUUGCCACGCUGUACCGAGUCCAUGAUAGAUGCCCGAAUGUUCAGCUUGGACAGCUAAGCAGGCGCCAAACUUUGAGACAAAACCUAUGAUCCAUCUUCCCUGGUUAUCCCUAAAUACACUGCCCGCUCCAACAGGACCUUGCGCUCCAUAGGCCGCUCCAUCAACAUUUAUCUUGCUUCAACCUGGAAGAGGAGGGCUCAAGCUGAUUUCUCUUGGCACGUGUUGAAUCAGAGCAGGUCUACGACCCAGGCCGCCUUUUGGUGCCAACCAAGCUUUGUACCAAAGAUUAGCUUUGAUCUUUAUAGCUUGAGUCAAUGAGGGCGGUGAAAGCAUCUUCUCUCUACCUUUAAAAAUUCCUUCAUUCCUGUUUUUCCAUAAAUUCCAAAUAGCCAUGCUGAAAAAUACAUUCCACGGCGUGUCAUCCACGGUCUUGUUAUCUUUCUGGCAGGUUUGUUGAUAGCCACUAGAUCAGAUGCAAGCUGAAGAAUUCAUGUUGUUGUUCGGCUGGAACUGUGCGAGCCCAAAAAAAAGUUGUCGGAGGCAAUCCCGGAGGAUGUGAAUCGUCGUUUCCACUUGUGAUAAACAUCUAUAGCAGAAGGGGGGAGGGAGAGAGAGAGAGAGAGAGAGGUGUCGCUGGCACGUUGCUCACUGCAGUUGAUCCUGUUAUGAACGACCAACCACUUAAAGUAGCAAACUCUCUCCAAAACUUCUAGCUUCCAAAUAGAUGUCCAAACUUGGAUCUAAUCAUUGGUGGAGGAAGGUUGCAUGAGUUGGAACACGCAUUUGGUUGAGAACCGGCCAUCUAAAGUGGGCUGUCAGAACAUUUGAUAACACCUAAAAAGGUGAUAUUUACCCUUCAUAUUUAGGUUUGUUUUAUGCUAAUUCAUGUGCAUAAUCGGAAGAAUAUCAUCGAUUGCAUCCCUAUUUAAUUCCGAUUGAUUAUGUCAUUAUUAUAGAGUACUUUAGAUGAUACAUGUGAAUUAGGUACGAAAAAGGUGCACAAGUGUAAAAAAUGGGACGAAGAUCAUGGCCGAAGGAGCCAAAAUCCCAUUCUUCGGAGCCAAGAUCCCAACCAUGAAGAGAGGGCAUGUACCAAAGCACAAGAUCGUAGCCUGCAGUGCAAAGAUCCCGGUCGUGAUCUUCUGCUUCUCACCCGUGAACUUGACCUGAAGAUCGCGACCUCAAGUUCACAGCCACGAAUUUUGGAGUCAAGGGUGUGAACUUUAGAAGAGGCCAGCUUGGGAGAAGUAGAAAGUUUAGGCCAUUGUUUUAUGGCCCACGGCUUCUGUGCCCGCGAUAAGGAUCGCGACCGUGACACCUCGGAUCGUGACUGGGAUGUUAGGCCGCGAACUUCACAUUUAACAAGGCGAAAAUGGUGACCCUCAAAGAUCGCAACCACUACUCCAAAGAUCUCGUCACGAUCUUCUGAACCUUGCCUGCGAACUUGCCCUUAAGAUCGCAGCCUCUAGAUCAUGGGCGCGAUCUUUAGCCCCUUACCGUGUCUGCAAAAUUCUACAAAUAGGGGACUCCUCUCCCUUGAGAAGAUGGCUUUUGGCAGAUUUCUUAUUCUAGAGAGGGAGAUUAGAGAGAGAAUAUGAAGGAAGUAGAAGAAGAGGAUGAGAGCUUUAGAGGAGGACUUCCAUCAAUUGAAGACCCCUUUCUUCAUGAUUUCUUCCCCUCUUUGUAUGUCUUUUCUUCCCACCUUCAUGGGGUGAUCUCCUAAGGUACUAGGGGUUUUAACCCCCAAAACCCUAGUUUUAGGACUAUUAUGUAAUGAAUGAAUAUGUUAGGA